AUGACCGCCCCUGCUAGAAAGACCAUCCCCCCAAGAAAGACCACACCUUUAAGAAAGACCGCCCCUCCAAGAAAGACCACCAAGAAAGACCAUCCUUGCAAGAAAGACCGCCCCUCCAAGAAAGACCGCCCUUCAAGAAAGACCACACCUGCAAGCACUGGAGCGGAUAUUCUCGUGUGUGAUCUCCAAAGGCCCGGAUUUGCGCAAGUGCAUCCCGACGGAGCGAGGAAGAAAUCUCAGGUGUUUUUGUCGUGUGAUUGUGUGGAUGCUGCUGUCGUGUCGUGUUCUCGGACCGUGAUCUGUCAGGCUAAUCGCAUAAUCAUUAGUUAUCUUCACCGUCCGUUUCCGCACCUCCAGUUGGCGAGUGUGCGGCCGAGCGUGGGUCAUUUUGCGCGCCAGGCUUGGGGUGGUACGGGCAGGUUAAUUGGUAGUAUUGAAAGGCCAAGUGGUGUCCUCGGAGAUCCUGCAGGCGUCGGAGGCGGGCUGUCCCAUCGAGAUGCACAAGAUCAACAUCGAGCGCUGCGACGAAAUGUACGACAAGGACUGCACCGGCGAGAAGUUCAUGCCCUUCCACCGCGCCGGCUACGACUACGCCACCGGCCAGAGCCCCAACAGCCCCCGGAGCAGCUGAACUACGUGACCUCGUGGCUGGACGGCAACUUCGUCUACAGCACCAGCGAGGCGAGGCUCAACAUGCUGCGCUCCUUCAGCAACGGCACCUUCCGCACGGACCCCGACGACCCCAGCCUCCCGCCGAGGAACGUCGAGCGGAUCCCCAUGGAGAACAACCCGACGCCGCACGUGCUCAAGAUCCUCAGCCCCGAGAGAAUGUUCUUGCUCGGCGACCAGAGGACCAACCAGAACCCGGCUCUCCUCGCCUUCGGCAUCCUCUUCUUCCGCUGGCACAACGAGCAGGCGCGCAGGAUCCAGGAGCAGCACCCGGACUGGAAGGACGAGGAGGUCUUCCAGAAGGCGCGGAGGAUCGUCGUCGCCCAUCUGCAG